CUCACCUCCGGCGCACAGCUUCCAAUCGAUCAGAGCGGCCAUAUCUCAUCCCAAAGCUAUCCGCGACUGAUCUAAGUGGGAUUGCACCUCCUCGACAACCUCGCAAACCUCGCCGCAAACCCACCCUCCAAUGGCCCACGCCGAAGCCCCAGCCAUGUCUUCAAUCCGCCCAACUGAGGCCGCCCCAGCGCCAACCGCCAAACCCGCCAUCUCCCCCGGCCUCCGCAACCGCCGCCAACUCGGCCUCUUCUUCGGCGGCGCGGCCUUCUUCGGCAUCGCAAGCUUGAUCACACGCCGCUCGCUAGUACGACGCUACAAAGCCAUAGUCCCGUCGUUCUACCAACCCUCGAACCAGGCGGCACCGCCUCUCAACCUGCAAGUCGAGGCUAUGGAUGCGCUGACGAUCGCGACGGCGAAUGUGUUCAGUCUGGCUAUGAUGUGCACGGGUGGAAUGCUGUGGGCAUUUGAUAUCGCGAGUAUAGAUGAGUUGAGGGCGAAGAUGAGGGGACGGUUGGGGACGGAGAGGGUAGCUGGGGGAGGGGAUUCGAAGGCAGAGAGGGAGCUGGAGGAGUGGUUAGCGGGUAUUUUUGAGAGGAAGAAGAACUCCAAGGACCCGAAGGACCCGAAGGACGAGAAAUGAGCAUUGUAUACUAGGCAUGGACUGGCGUUGGGGCGUGAGGGUUUGUCGUGUCUAUGGAUGAAUGAUCGGCACGAUAUGUAGGAAUAUGGGAAGAAAUCGCAAUUCUAAGAUACCAGGGUGUGGAAUGUCAGAAUAACUGACAUGGGCUGUGGGUUGAAAGGAAGAGGCCCGGAUUACUGGUGCCAAUUUGCAGUUAUGUCCAGGACAGACACCAGUUAGAUGUCGCCGGAAUGAAAUAUAGUCUGAUCACACGCCGGAUAACUUCUGUUCGGG